ACAACUCUGUAAGCUACGCGCUCUGAUCAGAGGCACUCCGCUCUCCACACAGGGCUUAAUGACAUUACCAGCGGUUUAUAGAGUCGUGCUUACACCUGAUAUGCUGCUAUUCUUUAACAAACUCUGGACUGUGUACACAGUGGUAGACCUUUAGACCAGUUGGCUUUGGAUAUAAGCUGUGGAUCGUUGGAGAAUAAAGCAGAGAAAGGAGUGCGUUCUCCCACCGAAGUGUUUUUGUGUACUACGCGUCCACACGUGGCUGCUUACAGCAGGGCUUUAAAGUACAGCCGCCACCUCACAGAUGCUGAAGACAGUGUUUUUUUAAGCACUGACGACUUAAAGCGCGAGCAGCCAGGAAAAGGGCUGAACUUUCCGAUUCGGUGAGACUUAAAUAAGCAAACAUCAGCACAAAAAGUAAAGAGCGGAAAGAAGAAAAAAAAGACGCGCAGGGGGCUUGGCCCAAAAAAAGUUCAUUACCAUUAACUUACCAACAAACCAAUAUUGGCUGUAUAUUUUUUUCUUUUUAAAAGCGUACCUCAUCAACCACCAAGAUUUCACCCAAAAGCAGACAAGAGGAUCGCCCUGCGCUGACGAGACUGGUCGGCAGGAAGCGGCUAAUAGCGGCUGGAGUGCUUGGAGUCGUCAUGGUGUUAGUGCUGGUGAUUCUGAUCCCAGUUCUGGUUAACUCCGCUGGAACUUCAGCGCACUAUGAGAUGCUGGGAACCUGCAGGAUGGUAUGUGAUCCAUAUGGAACCAAGUCACCGACCGCUACGGCAGACACGGUGCGAGCGGACAACAGCCUCAUGCAGUCUUUACCAACUUUUAUAACAGGUCCGAAAGGGGAACCGGGCCGCCCGGGGAAGGCUGGACCCAGAGGCAUCCCAGGUGAUCAGGGCCCGCCCGGUCCGAUGGGGCCACCCGGGGAGAAGGGGGAACCGGGACGGCCUGGACUACCGGGGCCACCGGGACCCAAUGCCGCGGCAGGGGCUAUCAGCGCGGCUACGUACAGCACCGUUCCCAAAAUCGCGUUUUACGCAGGCCUUAAAAAACAGCACGAGGGCUACGAGGUGCUGAAAUUCGACGACGUGGUCACUAAUCUGGGGAACCAUUACGACCCCACAACCGGGAAGUUUACCUGCUCCAUACCUGGGAUAUACUUCUUCACUUAUCACGUCCUGAUGCGGGGAGGGGACGGAACCAGCAUGUGGGCAGAUCUCUGCAAAAACAAUCAGGUUCGAGCCAGUGCCAUAGCCCAGGACGCUGACCAGAACUAUGAUUAUGCCAGUAACAGUGCCGUGCUGCAUCUGGAGCCUGGAGACGAGGUCUACAUCAAACUGGACGGGGGCAAGGCCCACGGGGGCAACAACAACAAGUACAGCACCUUCUCUGGAUUCAUCAUCUAUGCAGAUUAGCUAACAGACCUAGCCUCAAACCUCAGUCAACCUACAGCCUCACCUCUCAGUCAACCGACAGCCUCACCUCUCAAUCAUACGGAACACCCUCUCCAUGAUCUGUCCUAUAGUAACUAUAGUAACUAUAGGCCCUAGUUACUAAAGCUACCAUAGUGACUAAUACUAUAUUUGAGAGUUGAGGCUAUAGGACCUAGCCUCAACUCUCAUUCCUCCCUACAACCUCAACCCUCAGUCACCUACUUACAGAACACCCUCUCCAUCUAUAUGAUCUAGCCUCAACUUUCAACCCUCAGUCAUCUAAUAUCGCAAGCCCUCCCCAUUACCCCCCCCCCCCGAUUGUAUGGAAGGCUGUAGAGGGUGGGUGUUUCACAACGACAGAGUAAUUGAGUUUUGUCCAAUCCUGCUACUGGAUCCAAAGCUGCCUGAGGGAACUGCCUGUGUGUAAAGAAAAUGAAAGAAGAAUUGAAGAAGAAGAGUUACGGAAGGAAAAUGUCAAAACAUAAAUUGUAAGUCAAACAGAAGUGCUGGCCUUCAUUAUUCUACCACCAAAGCAGUAAACUAGUGUACAUCUUUGUUUGUGUAGCUAUAUAAACGAAGCCUAGUCGUGUGAUGACGAGAGUUUUUAUGAACACAGAACCAGAUGAUUGUUUGCAAUAACCCACAUAAACAAACCAUAAUUGUCCUUGCUGUGCGUGACGUGUUAAAACCGAAGGCAAUACAAUACUUUCUGAGGGUUGCCAAGCAACUCGGAUGCUUACAUGUUGGAGAAAGGUUGGUUGUGUUGUUGUAGGGUUGUAGUGAGAGGGGGGACGAUGACAUCAUCUUAAAUCUGGUUUCAGUUCAUGGUUGGGAAUGGACUGUGUAUAUGGUGAAGUCUCUACUAAGCUCUAUAAAUAGUCAUUCCUUUCCCUUAUUUAAUUAAGUAGACUUUAAGGCCUUAUUAAAAAAAAUACCUUCAACAUCAUAUUUAAAGGGAUAGUUCCUUUAUGGCAGAGCUGCUUUCUUAUGGUUAUAGCAGACACAGCAUUUUUGUUUACAAAAGGUACACAUGGUUUCUAUACAUUUUUAGAAAAAAAAGGUGCUAUCUAGAUCCUAAAAGAGUUAUUUGACUGUCCCAAUAGGAGAACCCUUUGAAGAACAAUUUUUGGUUCAAGGUAGAACCCUUUUGGGUUCCAUGCAGAACGGGUUCUAGUUGGAACAACAAAUGGUUCUAGUUGGAACAAAAAGGGUUCUCCUACGGGGACAGCUGACAAACCCUUUUGGAACCCUUUUUUCUAAGUGUACAGUAUGUAUACUUUUUCUGAAGGUCAAGCCUAGACUGUUUAGUGGUUAGGUCCACUUAGAACCACCUUGUUUUACACUAGAUGAAUCAUCGAGUGCUGUGUGGGAGUGGCGCUACCUGACGUGAAACAAUGCUUAGCCCCAUUAGUUCAGCACAACAGUGUGAAGUUACAGUAUUGGAAUGCUACUGGAGGAAAGCACUAUGCAGAACUACGAGUAGGACUACUAUGUAAAUGUAUAUGUAUGUAUCCUAAAGAAAGUUUAACGAGAAUGUGGAUAGCACCACUGAAUUAUUGUGUAAAUAUUGUAGUGAUUAUGAAAUUGUUCUUAUUUUUUGCCCCUAUAAAUGUACAAAACUGUUGAAAGAAAGAGCACGGGUUGGAUAACCUACCGCUUCGUAUUAGAACCAUAGUCUAACUUAAUGGGACAUGCAGUACCAGUCCUAUACUUACUGAUAUGUGUGUGACUAUGUCUGCGUCUGAGAUGGCACACUAUUCCCUAUAUAGUGCACAGCUUUUGAUCCGAACCCUAUGGGCCCUUGUCAAAAGUAGUGCACUAUAUAGAGAAUAGGGUGCCAUUUCAGACACAGGCUAUUAGAUCAGGACACGUUCUUCUAUUGUAUUCCCUGGACACACUUCACCUGUGUACUGUUUACUCAAAUCAUGUUGCCAUUAAAUGGACAAAUCGAAUCAGA